AUCACUAUCAUAUCAACAUUGCUGACAUUAAGAAUCUACCACCUAAAAAAUAGCUGUUCAGGUCUGCGGGUCAGCAGCGGUCGAGUAUUCGACGUGGACCGUCACUUUGUGCGACGGCGACGUCGUGCCACCGCGAUCGGCAAACGCCGCGCGGCCGGAGUACGAGGCGUCGCGCGCGACUGCGGCGUCGCAUGCCACCUGCGAUUGCGCUCCGACAACGUCGUCUACAUCGUCCACCUGCAAAGAUGGAGACAGUUGGCCGUACCGCUCAACAAAUCACUGCCGGUGGUGGAAAACGAAGACGUGGUGCCGCUCGUGCAGUACUUCGACAGCGAUUCGUCGGCGAAAGCACGACUAUCGCGUGCCGCCGGCGACUGUAUCUAUCGGGCACGAGUGGCGGACACCGAAGACACCAGUAUCGUCAACCUGUGCGAUAGCGACAACGGCCUGAUUAUGAAAUUUCUCAAAUCAGAAGUGUUUCCAGGCCAUUCACGGCAUCGCCCACAUCUCGUCCAUCGUUUCCAGUCACAGGACUUUUAUCCUCAUUUUGACGAUCUCGAUCUCGCCAACGACACAAUCUCGGACGACAACAGCACCAUUUCCUAUAUUAAUGCUCAGUGGGAAGACCUUCACGAGCGCCAACCUCGAUCUCGAAGAUCUGCCAACUCAUGGGACCACUAUGUUGAGGUCCUUGUUGUGGCGGAUUCGAAAAUGCACGAAUACCAUGGAUAUAAUCUCGAAGCUUACAUUCUAACUCUGUUCUCAACUGUAGCGUCAAUAUAUCGACAUCAGUCAUUACGAGCAUCAAUCAACGUGGUCGUUGUAAAAAUCAUCAUUCUUAAACACGAAAACGCUGGUCCACAUGUUACAUCAAAUGCCCAAGACACACUGCAACAGUUCUGUCGUUGGCAACAGCUCUACAACGAUCGCGACGACGACAGCCCAAAUCAUCAUGACGUAGCCAUUCUUUUGACCAGAGGCGACAUCUGCAGAGCUCCCGGAAAAUGCGACACAUUGGGGUUAGCCGAAUUGGGUACGAUGUGUGAUGCUGGUAAAAGCUGUGCUAUCAUCGAAGAUAACGGAUUGAGUGCUGCAUUUACCAUUGCACAUGAACUCGGGCAUAUCUUUAACAUUCCACAUGAUGAUGAACGUAAAUGUGCUCAGUACAUGCAACUGGUCAAACAUAACUUUCACAUCAUGGCUCCAACUCUCGAAUACAACACUCAUCCAUGGAGUUGGAGCACCUGCUCGAGUGCGAUGCUUGAACGAUUCCUUGACAACCACCGUGGUCAAAUUCAAUGCCUCUUCGACCAGCCGAUUCAGAGAAAGUACUAUGAACAGCUUUUCGAAGAUGAUGCUCCUGGACGAAAGUACGACGUCAGUCAACAAUGCAAAUUCGUCUUUGGACCACAGUCAGAACUCUGUCCUUAUAUGCCAACUUGUCGACGUCUAUGGUGUGCAACAUACUACGGCAGUCAGAUGGGUUGUCGAACACAACACAUGCCAUGGGCAGACGGUACUCCUUGCGACAAGACGGGUCGUAUGCAAUGCCACCGUGGAGAAUGCGUGUCUAUUGGAGCCGAACAUCGGGCCAAAGUCGAUGGUGGAUGGGGCGAAUGGAGAUCGUGGGAGACAUGCAGCCGAACUUGUGGCGGUGGAGUCCAGAGAGCGCUUCGCGAUUGCGAUAGCCCCAAGCCUGCAAACGGAGGAAAGUACUGUGUUGGUCAACGGGAACGUUACCGAUCAUGUAAUGUGGCUGAUUGCCCAUGGGAUACACCAGGAUUCCGCGAAGUUCAAUGUGCCGAAUUCAACAACAAGGUAAACAGAAAUUCAUCAGGACGAACUCACAGCAGAACUAUUCAGGUUGCUGACGGCACUCCUUGUGACAGAAAUGGCGAUGAUAUCUGCGUUGACGGUACUUGCAUGAAGGCUGGUUGUGAUCAUCGCCUGCACUCGACGAUGACCCGCGACAAGUGCGGUAUAUGUGGCGGUGACGGUACGACAUGCAGAACUGUGAAAGGCACCUACAAUGAAAGAGGAUCGUUUGGAUACAAUGCGGUAAUGAAGAUCCCGGCCGGUUCAGCAAACAUUGACAUACGACAGCAUGGCUACAACAACCAGAAAGACGACGAUAACUAUCUUUCACUUCGUGCUGCAAAUGGCGAGUUUCUGUUGAAUGGUCACUACCAAGUAAGCGUAUUCCGUCAACAAAUUCCAAUCCAAGACGUCAUUCUCGAAUAUUCUGGAAGUGACAACGUCGUCGAAAGAAUCAAUGGUACCGGCCCCAUCAGAAUUGACAUCUACGUUCAUGUACUUUCUGUGGGAAACCUGCUUCCACCAGACAUCAGCUAUGAGUACAUGACUGCCUUUGUCGUGAUCAGGGAGAAGUUCAUUUCAGAAAAUCCAUUAAUGAACAAUUACCAGUGGAGAGCCGGGGAACAGUGGAGUACCUGUGAUAGAGUAUGUCAAGGUACCCAGACUCAGGAAGUUCUAUGUGUCGAUUUGACGACAAAUCGUCCAACACACGAGAGCAUGUGUACAGCUCGACGGCCUCAGACCAACACUCGAAUGUGCAAUAUCGACUGUUUCACAAAAUGGAUCACCGAAGAUGUUUCGCAUUGUUCCGCACAAUGUGGAUCGGGUGAAAAGAAGCAACGUGUCUAUUGCACGAAAAUCGAAGGCGGUCGUCAAACAAUCACUCGAGAUGAAGACUGUGAUCGAUCUAGCCGUCCAUCAGAAAGGGUCACCUGUUUCAUAGACUGUUCAGGACGGCGAUGGAGCUACAGCGAGUGGACGACGUGCUCACAAUCAUGUGGUUCUACUGGCGUAUCCCGUCGAACUGUGGUCUGCAUAGAUGAUCAUAACCGUGUCGUACCAGAUCAUCUCUGUAUGGGAGAGGCUAAGGAAGUCGCCGAAAAGGAAUGCAAUCGUUUCCCAUGCCCGAGAUGGGUAUAUGGACAUUGGUCCGAGUGCUCUCGUUCAUGCGAUGGUGGUGUACGAAUGCGCCACGCUCAAUGUUUGGAUGCAGCUGACAAAGAAGUACACUACUCGCACUGUGGACCUAAGCACGACCGAGAAUCAUGCAACGAGCAAAUGUGCACGGCAUGGUCGUUCGGUCAGUGGUCGACAUGUUCGGUGACUUGCGGUGACGGAAUCCAGACCAGAGAAGCGAUCUGUGUCGAUCGGGAUGGAAGACCUCUGGAUUCUGCCAGGUGUAACUAUCGUGAGCGUAUCGUGCAGAAACCGUGCUCUCGUCCAGCUUGUCCCUCGUGGAAAGUCGGUGAAUGGACNCAGUGCAGUGUUUCAUGCCAAGAUGGCUGGUCCACUCGACGUGUCUCUUGCGUGGAUUCUCGAGGCGAAGACGUCAGAGCGGAGCUGUGCCUCGCUGGGGAUAAGGAACAACCAGCCUCCCAUCGGCAGUGCAACCUAGGACCGUGUCCAUUCUGGAGGACCAACGAUUGGAGUGCGGUUGUGCUCUGUGACCUGCGGAUCGGGAUGAGCCCUAGUCAAGCUCUAUGGGUAGCACAAUAUUAUAUAUCCGCAUGGGGACCAUGUUCUGUGACCUGCGGUAAUGGUACACAAACUCGUCGUGCUCAUUGUGCUUCAGGUCCGAAAAAGGAACCGGUCAAGGACUUUUUGUGCGAUAAGGCUUCUCGACCACGUGAAAGAAGAACUUGUGAGCGAGAUCCAUGUGAGACUCGAGUUUCGGACCUUCUAACUCAGCCAGCCGAUGUCCCUCCGAUCAGAUGGGCUACAGGACCGUGGUCAGAAUGCUCAACGACGUGCGGAAAUGGAACACAACGAAGACUGGUUAAAUGUCGAAAUCAUCAACGAGAUUUACCAGAUGAGUACUGUCGAGACCUGGAAAAAGCGGAAGACAAGCGGCCAUGUCGCAUCAAAGUUUGUGCCUUUUGGCAGACUGGACCGUGGAUGCCAUGCCCAGCCACAUGUGGAGCUCAUGUGCAGCAGUCAAGGAGCGUGAUGUGUGUGGCAACGGAAUCUGGUGACAUGGCCUCUGAGACCGACUGCAACGUCGCCGAACGUCCACCAUCGAUGCGAUCGUGCAAAUUGGCUACAUGCCCGAGAGGAGAGCCACCACUAGGUCGAUGGAUCACUGGGGAGUGGACUAAGUGCUCGGUGUCAUGUGGUGGUGGAUGGAGACGGCGUGCAGUGUCAUGCGAUGGCCUCAUCUGCGACGAUACGAAGAAGCCUCGAAUGUUUGACCAAUGCAAUCCGAUGACAUGUCCACCGAAAAGCAACAAUACAUGGCAAAUAUCUCCAUGGACCCAUUGCUCAGUAACGUGUGGUGGUGGAAUACAAAGACGUCGUGUAUGGUGCGAGGAUGCGAUGAGCGCGAGAGCGCAAGACGAAAGCGAAUGCCGCGACGCAAAGCCAACAACGCAACGCGACUGCGAGCUGUCACCAUGCCCGACAUCGCAGAAGUCUCCCCUUCAUGAUGCAUCUUCCUCAUCGUUAUCAUCGUCGAUUCUAUCCGCAGCGAAUUUACCAUUAAAUGUGUCGCUCUCCCCCUGCUCCUUGCCCUUACAGUGCUCCGCGAAAUGUGGUCGCGGAGUGCGACGACGAGUUGUCGCCUGUAUCGAUUUGGCGACAAACGCGACUGUAGCAAGUUCACGCUGUGAAGCUGCGUCGCGACCGGUCGACGAACAUAAAUGUCGAGUGAUGCACUGCCCAAGAUGGAGAGGAACGCCCUGGUCUGCGUGUUCGGCCACCUGUGGUCAAGGAGUUCGUCACAGAGAAGUGUAUUGUCAACGUGGUCGUCGAAUGCGAGCCCCAGACUCCGUGUGCGACUCCUUACGCAGACCGGCCACCACAUCUAAUUGUUAUCUGACGGCUUGUCCAGCCUAUCACUGGACCACUACGCCGUGGUCUAAGUGCGUGGAUUCGUGCGCGAGGGGUGAACAACAUCGGCGUGUGUACUGCGUGAAUAACGCAGGAAGACGUGCCGCCCCACGUAUGUGCGAUGCGGCCCAUGCUCCACCUAGUAAGAGACAGUGUGAUAUUUCAAAGUGCCCUUAUGAGUGGGUACCCGGACCGUGGAAUACUACUUAUCGAAUGACUGGUAAAGUAAUGAAAAUUUUCACUUUCAUCCUAUUGACUGAUACUCUACAUUGUAUGAAUUCGUUGCCUUUGCAGGAGAAAUGUGAUGCUCUUCCAAUGCCUGUUGAAUCUCAAGAGUGCAAUUUGAACACAUGCGAAUCCGAAUUUCAAUGGCAGAUUGGCCCUUGGGGACCGUGCUCGCAAACAUGUGGACAGGGUGUUCGAAGACGUAAAGUGCGCUGCUACAAUCGUAUGGGAGUGUUGGUGGCUCGUGGUAAUUGUGAGAAGAAUUCACCUCGUCCACGUCGAACACAAACGUGCUUCCAAAGGAAUUGUCUGCCAGCCACCUGCCAAGAGAUCCGUGCACAGAAUAUCGUCACCCAUUCUGUUGAUGGAAACUACACGGUAUUGUUGGAUGGAUUCCCCGUCGUCGUCUACUGUCACCGAAUGAACGAAACGAUUCCGAAGUCCUAUAUCAAUCUAAAUCCUCAGACUAAUUUCGCCGAAGUGUAUGGGAAACGUUUGAUCUACCCUCAUACUUGUCCAUUCAAUGGCGAAAGGAAUGAUUCGUGCCAAUGUACCGACGAUGGCGAUGCAAAUGCGGGUUUGACCCAUUUCAGAAAAGUUCGUGUCGAUCUGCUCAAUCGCAAAUUCAAUAUCAACGACAUGGUCUUUGCUGACACGUUGCAUGGCUCGUUCGUUCCGUACGGUACUGCGGGUGACUGCUACAGCAUGAAGGACUGUCCCCAGGGCCGAUUCUCUGUGGAUCUCCGUGGUACGGGGUUGAGAAUCGUUGACGAUCUGCAAUGGGAAGACAAAGGACAUCGCACUACAUCGAGAAUUGACAGAUCAUCGAAUAAUGCUGUGAUUGAUGGUCGAUGUGGCGGUUACUGUGGCAAGUGCGCUCCGGAUAAAUAUAAAGGACUUGUGUUUAGCAUUGAUCCGAAGCAAAUACCUGGCACAGAAUAG